AUAGAAUCUUGUCACCACGUAUAAGCUAGAGAAAUCCCAGGUGAAACCUCUCUCUCUCUUUCUCUCUCUCUCUCUCUCUCUCUCUCUGUGUGAGCGGGGAUGAUGGAAGACGAGGGAGAGAUUGAUCGGCUACCCAUAGACCUGCUUUCUUAUAUAUUUGUUUUUAUCAAUUCCUUCACUGAUUUGGCUCAGGCGAGCAGCGUGUGCAAGAAAUGGAAGCGUGGGGUGAAGCAAUCUCUGGCUCGGAGGGAGACUCUGAGCUUUGCUGGGUGGAAGAUGGAUGAUGACUCCACCGCCCGCCUCGUUCGCCAUGCCUACAGCCUCAAAGACCUUGACAUUUCAAGGAGUCGUUGGGGUUGCCAAAUAACUGACAAGGGACUAUACAGAAUAUCUUUGGCGAAGUGUGUCGGCAACCUGACAUCCCUAUCUUUAUGGGGUAUGACAGGGAUCUCGGACAUAGGUGUCCUUCAAUUGAUAUCCAAAACCAAUGCUUUGCAACACCUCAAUAUUGGUGGCACAUUCAUAACAGACGUCUCUUUGUUUGCAAUUGCAGAAAGAUGUCCACAUUUAAAGAAUGUAGUUCUGUGGAGCUGCCGCCACGUAACCGAAAGCGGGCUUCUUCUUCUUGUAAGUAAAUGUCGGAAACUUGAAUCUAUCAAUGUUUGGGGAACAGGGGUUCCGGUCGGCUGCUUCAUUGGUUUGCUAACCAUUAGUCCCUCCCUUAGGAUAAAAAUGUAGAGGACUCACAAGACAGUCUCGCAUAUUUUACCCUUUUUGUGAUGGAUACGUGCUCUAAAUAUUCAUGCAGUAAAAUCAUUGCAGAAGGACUUGAAUGUGUUGGUUUUAAAUUUAGAAUGAUUAAAAUCAUGUGAACAAUUGUUAUUGUUCAAUGUUUUAGUCGGUUGUUAAGAUUUAAAUAAAAAUGUACCACAACGACUUGAACCAA